UCGUCAUGCGCGACUACGACGCGGCCACCGCCUUCCUGGGCGAAUGGGGCCGCUUCCAGCGCCUCAUCUUCUUUCUGCUCAGCGCCAGCAUCAUUCCCAAUGGCUUCAACGGGAUGUCGGUCGUGUUCCUGGCCGGCACGCCCGAGCACCGGUGCGUCGUGCCCCGCGGGGCCAACCUGAGCGGCGAGUGGCGCAACGCCAGCAUCCCGCUGGAGCUGCGGGACGGGCAGGAGGUGCCGAGUCGCUGCCGCCGCUACCGCCUGGCCGCGCUCGCCAACUUCUCGGCGCUGGGGCUGCGACCCGGCUCCGACGUGGAGCUGGAGGCGCUGGAGCAGGAGCCGUGCCUGGACGGCUGGGAGUACAGCCGCGAUGUCUAUCUCUCCACCAUCAUCACCGAGUGGAACCUGGUGUGUGAGGACGACUGGAAAGCCCCACUGACCACCUCCCUCUUUUUUGUGGGGGUCCUCAUCGGCUCCUUCAUCUCGGGGCAGCUCUCAGACAGGUUUGGAAGGAAGAAUAUCCUUUUUUUGACAAUGGCUGUGCAGACUGGCUUCAGCUUCCUGCAGAUCUUUUCCACCAGCUGGGAGAUGUUCACAGUGCUCUUUCUCAUUGUGGGGAUGGGACAGAUCUCUAACUACGUGGUGGCCUUCAUUUUGGGCACAGAAAUUCUUGGCAAAUCAGUUCGUAUUCUAUUCUCUACAUUAGGAGUUUGCAUAUUUUUUGCAAUUGGCUACAUGUUGCUGCCACUGUUUGCUUACUUCAUCAGAGACUGGCGGAUGCUGCUGCUGGCGCUCACUGUCCCGGGGCUGUUCUGCAUCCCGCUCUGGUGGAUCAUUCCUGAGUCUCCUCGGUGGCUGAUCUCCCAGGGAAGAUAUAAAGAGGCAGAAGCUAUUAUCCAAAAGGCUGCAAAAAUGAAUGGCAUUCCAGCCCCAGCUGUGCUUUUUGACACUGCAGAGAUGCAGGAUUCGAAGCCCCAGCAGCAGCAGAAGGCUAUCCUUCUGGACCUAUUUCGAACCCGAAACAUUGCAACUAUUACUAUUAUGUCAUUACUUUUGUGGUUUUUCACAUCAAUUGGUUACUUUGGCCUGUCCCUCAGCACUCCAGACUGGCAUGGGAAUGCCUAUGUCAACUGUUUCCUCUCAGCUGUUAUUGAAGUUCCAGCGUAUGUGAUCGCCUGGCUUCUCCUCCGCUCCCUCCCACGGCGCUACUCCUUAUCUGGCACCUUGUUUUUAGGGGGAAGUGUUGUCCUCUUCAUUCAGCUGGUUCCUGCAGAACUUAAUGUCCUGUCUGUUGGACUGGUGAUGCUUGGGAAGUUUGGCAUCACAGCUGCAUUUUCAAUGCUUUAUGUCUACAGCGUGGAGCUGUACCCCACGCUGGUACGGAACAUGGCAGUGGGAGCCACCUCCACGGCCUCCAGGCUGGGCAGCAUCAUCGCUCCUUACUUCGUUUACCUGGGUGCCUAUGACAGAUUCUUACCCUACAUCCUGAUGGGGAGCCUGACUGUGCUGAUUGGGAUCCUGACCCUGUUUCUCCCAGAGAGCUUUGGCAAUCCACUGCCCGAGAGCUUUGAGCAGAUGCUGAAGGUGAAAUGUUUCAGAAAUGAGCAACAGACCACUGGCAUAAGGAGUUCCAAGGAGAGUCCUAAAAGUCUGAUAACACCUUUGUGAAGAAAGACACACCCCUCAGAGGGGCUGAAAGAAGAACAAAAUCGUCUCAAAAUGCAUUUGCUGCCAGAGGAAAAUGAACAAAACCCAACUGCACCAUAGUUGUUAUCCCCUGUGCUGCUGUCCCCAGAUUACAUGGUAUACUGACCAGAUGCUGUCUGCUCCUGCAGGACCAUUAUUCUUCAUUCAGUGUCCUGUUCCCUGCUGUUUGUCAGCAGACACAGUCCCCAUUGAGAAAUGGGGGCCUGUCUGUGCUGAACACAAGUCAAGGAGUAAGCUGGAAGUGAGCCUUAGAAAUAACACAGCAGUGACUCCAGGCAGUCAGGUACUCGAUAAAAGCUGCUGAAAGGGGAAAAAAAAUAGCAAACCUAAUGCUGGUGUUUCUUCUCACUUUGUGUGUUGACUGGAGGAAGGGGAGCUGGGUGUCUGCCUUUCAAAACCUGAAAGAAACAUCCUGGCCUCCUUUGAAAUCUGUGACCAAAGCCCAUAGACUAAGUGGAGUCAAAAUUCAUUUGUAGCAGAGCAGACACAGACUUCCCUGUAAGGACAUGGGUUGUAAACGUGCCAUCAGAGUGGCUUUAGGUGUCACUUGCUUUUCCCAGGACCUGGGAUCCCCAUGUUCCUGUAGAAGCUGCUGCUCUUUCAUAAAGCCUGAGCCCACCCAAAACCCUCAGCUUUGUGAAUCUUCAGUGUCUUUGGGGAAGGGGGAAAAUCUUGAGCACUGAGAAAGGACUGUAAUUUGCUGACUUUCUGGUGGGUCACACCCACUUUCAACAGAAAAGUGAGCUGUAGCAAAUCCAUGAUCCUGUCCCAACGUGCCAUGCAUUAUAGCUUUCAGGUUUUUCGUGGUAUGUGAGCAUAAGCAGUUUUUUAGCUCUCUUGGGGUGUUGUUUUUUCUUUUUCCUGAAGUAUUUAAUUUCUUCUUUGAAUAUAUACCACUUUGUUCUGCACUGCAAAACCUUUGUAGAAUUUACAAACUUAAAGGCGAUUUGAUGCUCACAAAAAUCUGAUUUUCUGUACUGGAUAUGUUCACCUGCAGCUAUUAAAAAUUCAAAAGGACUAAUUUGGGACCACGGGGUUUUUUAUUAUA